AUGAGACUACUAUAUCUUAGCUUAAUACUAUCAAGCUUAAGAAUAGUGUUUGUAUAUGCUUCAUCACGAGAAAAUUUGACUAUUAAGAGGAGAGAAGAACAGCCCUCAGAAGGUCAGAAAGUAUCAGACAAUAUCCCAGAAAUAGAAUUACCACCAUCUUUAACAUUAGAAGAAUUUGAUAAAUUAACAAGUACAAAACUAUCACUUAUUGAAUUUUAUUCACCUUAUUGCCAUCAUUGUAAAUCAUUUUAUCCAACAUGGGAAAAAUCAUAUCGUAUAUUAAAAUCAAAAUAUCCCAUGUUAAAUAUAGACAUGAGACAAGUUAAUUGUGUAGAAAAUGGUGAUUUAUGUGAGAGGGAAGUAAUAGAAUUUUACCCCAAUAUGGUAUUAUACUCACCAGUUUUUGAUCAAGAUGGAAAACCAACAGGCAAAUCUAAAAAUAUUGACACUUUUCCAAGAACUUUACAGAAAAAUGUGGAUAACAUUAUCAAAUAUUUACAAGAAUCAGUAGCUGAAUAUGACGAAGGAAGUGCAUUACCAAGUGUUUCCAAACAAAUGAAUGUUGAUGAAAUUUUAAGGGCCAUUGGUGGGGAAAUUGAAAAACCUAUGUUUGUUUCGUUUUGGCAAGCAAAUCAAGAACAAUGGGACAGUGUAGACAAUGGUGGGAAAUUAAAAUUUAGUGAAAAUUGUGCAGAUUGUAUGAGAACCAAGAAUGUUUGGGAUAAAUUGAGUAAUAAAGUUGUUUCAAUAUCAGAUACUGGUCAUUUAAUGUGUAAAGAUUUCCCCAAAAUUUGUGAGAAAUUAGAGUUGCAUCUGUUUAAGGAUGGAAAAAGAUCUCCUGUGAAAUAUAUUAUGUUUUUACCUAAAACUGUUGGUGCUAUACGGUUUGACUAUAACGGAGAAGUCGAUGUUGAAAAAAUGAAAAAAUGGGUCAAUAAACUUUAUGUCAAUGCUGCAUAUGAAGUUGUAUCAGCUAGAGGAGUAACUGAAAUCAUGGAAUAUACAAAAACGUUACCACAUGAACCUAUACCACAGACAUAUCCUUUGAAAAAUAAAGUAACCGUUUUAUUUUUUUAUGAUGUGGACACAUUAACUCCAGAAGAUGAGGCGAUAUUACCUCACAUGUUGAGAACUUUACAAGAUUCACCAUUCAAUAUUCAAUUGUAUAAGGGUAAACAUAAGAAAAUAUUGGAAAAUAUACAAACCAUGGGUGAAAAUUUAAUCAAUUACAUAAAUUAUGAUGAAAAUGAGAAAUAUGAGUAUGAUAAAGCUAUGGAAAUUGCAACUACUAUUACAACAUUACCUUCAAUUUUUAUAUUCAAAGAAAAUUCCUUAAUUCCCGUUGUAUAUCAAUCUUUUGCAGUUGAACAAAUGAGAAUUUAUGAAAAGAUUGAAGAAUUUAUUAAAAGAAAUCAACACCCAUUCAAUGGUGAAUUGACCCCUGAAUUGGUUCCAGCUUACUUUUUAACUAAAAAUGAAGACAUAAAUGAAAUGAAAGAUUCGAAGAUAGUUAUAAUUUUACUUGAUCUAAGUAAAAAGGAUCAAGCUGAUCAAGAGUUAUACAAAUUAUCCUUAAUCAAUCACGAAUAUAAUUUCUUGAAAAAGAAACAUUAUUUUGAUCAAAUAAAAAAAGCCAGAGAGAUUAAACAAGAAGAAGUUGAAAAACUCCAGGCAGAAAAUGCCGAAUCAAGUAAAAUUUUAAAAACGAUGAGGAAAGAAGUACCACAUUUAUUUAAUAAUGAUGAUGUAAUAUUCACAUUUAUAGAUAAGUCUGAUAAGUCACAAUCUAAAAAUUUUAAAUAUGUUAAAAACUGGAACAUAAACCUCAACAACUACGAAGUUGGUGAUGCCUUAGUGGUGAGCAGAGAUAAUAGAUAUAUAUGGGAUGAAAAUUUACAAGGCAUGAAAUUAAAGAAUGAUCCAAAACAAUUGAAACUGGUAUUGAUGUCAUUACUACUAAAAGAUGGAAGACUACCAAGAGGAUUAGUUGGAAGUCCAUUUGGUGGUUCUUUAAAUUUUAUGAAUUAUAUUCAUGAUUUUGGAAUUUGGGGAUAUGGACUUAUAUUCAUAAUAAUUUAUUUAAUAGCUACUGUUUCCAUAAAAUUUUUAAGGAAGAAAAAAUAUAGAUCACAAGGUAUAAUAGCUAUAAAUAAUGGUGCUUUCUUGCCCAAAAAGGAUUAA